UCAGUUGGUUCUAGGAUCGUCACUUCCGUUAGUCGUCUUACGCAGUGCCUGAAGCUUGAGGUCCACGUUUUUCUGUUUAAGAUGUGCUUGUGUUUUUUAAUUAAGACGUCAUAGUUAAGCUAAUAGAGAGUUAUUUCGAUUUUAUUUAAAAGUGAAGUCCAGCCAAAAGGUGUUUUUAUAUUACGAGGGCUGUAUACUAGACAAAGUGGUUGGCAGUUGUAACCGCCUAAAGCUCCAGAGACUCAGCGGUAAGGUGACCAUUUUGUUUCUUGUUUCGCUCUGCGUUUAAUUGCUGUAAACGAAAAUGAGUAGCGGGUUUAACUUCGGUCAGGCCCCUGGAAACUUCACAUUUGGGGGUCAGAAAACCACAGCCGCCAGUACGGGCUUCGGCCUGACAAACUCCGCACCAGUAGCGUCUGGAGGAGGCUUCACUUUUGGCACCGCGGUCCCUCAGACCAACAACACUGCCGGCGGUGGGUUAAGUUUCGGAACCCCAGCAAAGGGAACUGCACCUGGAGGAGGAUUUACUUUUGGAACCCCCUCCUCCACCGCCGCCGCAACAUUUGGUUUAGGUGCGGCUCCUCAAACUACACCAGCCCCAGGUUUGACAUUGGGUUCAACAGCAACUCCAGCCUCCGGGACUGGGUUCACACUAGGAGGUGGUUUAGCUUCACAGAUCCAGGUUGCUGCUCCUGCAGGAGGAGGAUUCACUUUUGGGACUGCUCCACCUGCAGCUACGGCAUCAGCACCAGUAGCAGCGGCAACAGCUGCAGCAGCAGCAGCCACAGCAGCAGCGGCAACAACGGCAGGGGCAUCAGGCGGUCUUGCCUUUGGUGGAGGAUUUAGCUUUGGUAGCACAAAGGUUCAGAUGACCACAGCUGCACCCGCUGCCCCCACAGGGGGAGGUGGAGGAUUUACCUUUGGGACCAGCACUCCAGCCACCCUUACCCUUGGUACCCAGCCCCAGGCAGGUUUGACCACCACUGCAGCAUCUAUAGCACCUACUCUGGGUGCAGGUUUUGCUUUUGGGAUUAAACCUUCAACAACACCUGCUCCUACUGCUGCUACCCAACCCGCUGCAGCUCCCACUCUUUUUUCUUCUCCCUUCACUUCAGCUGUGGCUCCUGCCUCAGGUACAGGCAUCACAUUAGGUUCAGCCGCAACAUCAGCAGCAGCAGCAAGUACAGCUCCUGCGACGACUACAGCAGCCGCUGGAGGUUUGGCUUUCAUGCUCAAACCACUAGGGGCAGCAGCCACCACCGCCACCUGUGCACCCGCCUCCACCGUCACAGCUGCACCUGCGACAACAGGCUUUACACUGGGAGUCAAACCAGCACCCACCACCAGUACAGCCAUAACCAGUUUAGCUACUACAAUCCCAACAAGCACUGCCCCUCCGGUGAUGAGCUACGCUCAGCUGGAGGGUCUUAUCAACAAGUGGAGUCUGGAGCUUGAGGACCAAGAAAGGCACUUCUUACAGCAGGCGACUCAGGUGAAUGCCUGGGACCGCAUGUUGGUGGAGAACGGAGAGAAGAUCACCUCCCUGCACAAAGAAAUGGAAAAGGUCAAGCUGGACCAGAGGAGGCUGAACCAGGAACUAGACUUCAUCCUGUCCCAACAGAAGGAGUUGGAGGACUUACUGUGCCCUCUGGAGGAGUCUGUGAAGGAGCAGAGCGGAACCAUCUACAUGCAGAACGCAGACGAAGAGCGGGAGAGGACGUACAAGUUGGCGGAGAACGUUGAUGCUCAGCUGAAGAGGAUGUCGCAGGAUCUGAAGGAAAUCAUUGAGCACCUCAACACGUCCAGUGGCCCGGCAGACACCAGUGAUCCGCUACAACAAAUCUGUAAAAUCCUCAACGCUCACAUGGAUUCUCUCCAGUGGAUCGAUCAGAACUCGGUUCUCUUACACAGACGAGUGGAUGAAGUUUCCAAACUGUGUGACAGCCAACGCAAGGAGCAGGAGAAAACAUUUCGCUUAACAUUUGACUGAUGUGGAUAAGAGUGAAUGAUCCUGCUCUGUGAGUGUAAAUGAAAGCUUCAGCAUUUUGAACCCUUUAUAUUUGAUAUAGAGAUGUGGUAGUGGUCGGUGCUCACAUGUAAACGCAUCUGUUCUUGUGCAAAUUAAAUAAAUAAUUGGAUAAAAAAAA